AUGUCGCCUACAGCUGUGUCAAUCUCUCGGCGUACUGAGACCAUCUCGCCUCUGAUUCUUGGACAGCAGAAGAGCGUCGACGAUUUUCAGAUUGGCAGCAAUGGGACCAAGCUACCACAGGUGAAGAGUCCGAAGGAUAAGCGCCUCUCCGGCAGACCAUCACUGGUGUCCAGUCCGUCGUUGAAGUCCUCUCAAGCACCACUGGAUGGCACGGCACCAGACGACAAUGAGCAAACUACCGCUCGGAAUGAGGCACACGGCCACCAUGAAUCGCUCGAUCAUCUCGUUGACCAGAUAUCCGCGUGGAUCCUCGAGAAGCGGGACAAACGACACCGACGUAAGGCAAAUCGUGCUGCACGCAAGGCUGCGGAAGCCGAGAUAGAUGCCAUCCGCACUUCAGAGAGGCGCCAUUCUGAUGCUUCGGAUGAAUCUGUGGAUCUUGAAAAACUCGAACGCAUUGUCAAACAGAACCUGAACUUCCGAAAGCCUUCAAUGCGAAGAGGCUCGAUUCUGAGGAGCAAGACUUCUAUGCGCAGACUGCUCCGAAAGCAAUCUAGCGCUUCCGAUUCGGAAUACCUCGAUGGCGAGAUCGUUGUGCCAACGUGUGAUGUAUGUCUCGACAAUUCGAAGACCCUGGCUUACUCUGGUGGCGGUGGUGCCUCCGACCUGUCUUCGGAUGAGGAGAGCCCGGAGCUCAAACGAGGUGCUUCGAUCCGUGACUACGAUGCAUGGGCAAAGUUCAAGUUCGAGAUUGUGCGACUCGCACAAACCUUGCACAUCAAGGGCUGGCGAAAAGUGCCAAUGGAAAGGAGUGCAGGUAUCGAAGUGCAGCGGCUGAGCGGUGCUCUGACGAAUGCUGUGUAUGUGGUCUCGCCACCAUGCGAUCUGGAGCUCGCGAAACAAGAUGAGGCUGGCAAUGUCGUGAAAAUCCGCAAGCCGCCACCAAAGCUUCUACUCCGUAUCUAUGGUCCGCAAGUGGAGCACUUGAUCGACCGUGAUGCCGAGUUGGCCAUAUUACGACGUCUUGCUCGGAAGAAGAUCGGGCCGCGACUCCUAGGUUGUUUCGCCAACGGUCGCUUCGAGGAGUUCUUCCAUGCCAAGCCUCUCACUCCAGAGGAAUUGAGAUGUCCCGACACCAGUCGCCAGAUUGCAAAGCGCAUGCGAGAGCUUCAUGAUGGUAUGGAACUUCUUGAGCAGGAACGCGAUGAUGGGCCUUUCGUUUGGCGGAACUGGGACAAAUGGCUAGACCGUGUCGAGCAGAUUGUUACAUGGAUGGACGAGCAGGUCAAGCAGCUGGAGCCUGGCACCAAGCCAACUGGAUCCAAGACUUGGCUGCGAAGAGGACACAUCUGUGGUCUGCCUUGGCCAGAGUUUCGUGCUGUGGUGGAGAAGUAUCGUGACUGGCUCACAUCCCAGUACGGCGGUGCCAAGCAGAUGCGAGAGAAGUUAGUAUUUGCGCACAACGAUACGCAGUACGGCAACAUCCUUCGCAUGGUGCCGACGGGCGAGAGUCCACUUCUUCUGCCGGCCAAUACGCACAAACAGCUGGUCGUGAUCGACUUCGAAUAUGCGAGUGCCAAUACCAGGGGUCUGGAAUUUGCCAACCACUUCACCGAGUGGGGAUACAACUACCAUGACGAGAAGAAGCCAUACGCGUUUCUGCCGCAAAUGUACCCAACACCAGAAGAGCAAGAUCGAUUUAUCCGAUCAUAUGUGAGGCACCGACCGCAAUUCAAUGUCUCUACGCCCAAGAUGGCCCCAGCCGAUCCCGAGACGCCGGGUGAUGUGUCUAGGAGACCAACUACCAGUAUCUCGGAUUUCAUGCUUGACGCCAGGAAUCCGCAGCAGCCAUCGCCUGCCCAAACAUCCUUGUCAGAAGAAGAGAUGGCUCGGAAAGCAGCAGAAGAUGGAGCAGUCAAGCGACUUAUGGAAGAGACUCGCUGGUGGAGACUGGCGAAUUCUGCUCAAUGGGUGGCCUGGGGUCUCGUACAGGCCAAAGUACCAGGCAUGCCAGCCUUUGAUGCCACAACUCCAGAUCCUCAACACGAGGGAGAGAGUGCAGAGGAGCUGCUUGGUGAAGGGCACGAAUUCUACAAGGAGAUGGUCCAGAAGCAGCAGGGAGAGGAUGUCGAAGAGGAAGAGGAAUUCGACUACCUCGGAUAUGCUCAGCAUCGUGCCAUGUUCUUCUGGGGCGAUGCGAUACAACUAGGUCUGGUGAAGCCUGAAGAUCUGCCCGAGGAGAGCAGGGAGAAGAUCAAGAUGGUUCCGUACUAG